CUCAAUCCCAAUCUCCACUUUGAAUUUCUUCAUCCAACUCGACAACCUCCGACCAGCUCACCGUCGCCGGACCAACCUUCACAGCAAAAAUGGGUCGUCUUCACUCCAAGGGCAAGGGCAUUUCUGCCUCUGCGCUCCCCUACUCUCGCGCCCCCCCCGCGUGGCUCAAGACCACCCCCGAGCAGGUUGUCGACCACAUCUGCAAGCUGGCCAAGAAGGGUGCCACCCCUUCCCAGAUCGGUGUUGUCCUCCGUGACUCCCACGGUGUUGCCCAGGUCAAGAUUGUGACCGGUAACAAGAUCCUCCGCAUCCUCAAGGGCAACGGCCUCGCUCCCGAGCUCCCCGAGGACCUUUACUUCCUGAUCAAGAAGGCCGUCGCUGUCCGCAAGCACCUCGAGCGCAACCGCAAGGACAAGGACUCCAAGUUCCGCCUCAUUCUGAUCGAGUCCCGUAUCCACCGUCUGUCCCGCUACUACAAGACCGUCGGUGUCCUGCCCCCCACCUGGCGCUACGAGAGCGCCACCGCCUCCACCCUUGUCGCAUAAGCGAAGUCGUGGUUGAUUGUGGUGACAGGGAAUGGAGCUGUGAAGGAAAGCGGUUUCUGGCAUGCGAUAUCGAGGUUACUUUUCUUCUACAUGUGCUAGAUCCGCCCAUUAAAAAAAAAAAGAACUAUCACGAGUUAUACCCAUGUCUUUUUAUUCCUUGAU